AUGAAGCUCCUAAACCUCCUCUCAGUCUUGUUUCUCACUGCAUCCUCAGCUUUAGCUCAGAUUAUUUCUCCUAUAUUCUAUCCUCCUGACGGAACAUAUUACAUUUACAACGUCCAGUACAAACGCGUCUUUGAUGACUAUGAUUUCAACAUAAUAGAGGGCAACCCUAUCAUUGGCUGGCCCACUCAUCUGCCUGGUCAUCCAGCAAUACCAUCACCAUCAAAUCAGCAGUGGGUUAUUAAAACCGUGGAUAACUCGACCGACCACAAAGUCACGAUUCGUUCGCUGGAGACUAUUCAGCAAAAGCCAUCUGCAGGUGGAUAUGCUAUCAACAAUGACGGAAAGAUUGUGACAAGCAAAACCACUCAACCUUGGACACUGCAACCAGUACCAAAUGCUUGUGCACAGUUCAUGAUUGCUGACUGCAAUAUCGCCAUAAUCCUCGACAGUGGCCAAACAAAUAACGCUCUCAAUGCACAACUGAAAGCUGAAGUCAUUCACAAGAAUGCUACAAACCAGCACUGGGUCUUUGUUCCAGUCGACCAAAUUACCGAAUUUUUGGCAGAGAAUGGCUCCGGCUAA